AUGAAUACUGUAGAUCCAAUAUCUUACAUCAAUGCUGAAAGGGGCGAACAGUUAGGGGAAGAAGAGGCCGAGGAAGAGCAGCAGGAAGAAGAACAAGAACCAGAAGAGGAAGAAGAGAAAGUUCCAGAUGUACUGUUAACAGAAGAAAUGAUGUCAGAAUGUCUGUCUCUCCUGUGUAAAACAGGGGAUGGUCUGGCCCAUGCCUACGUGAAAAUUGACAUCAAAGAAAGGACUCUUACCAACAUUUCAUUACUAAAGUCAUUUAUUCAUCUGAGAUAUGUGGAUGUUAGUAAAAACAAUCUUAAAGACAUUUCACCAUUAAGUGCCCUUACACAUAUGUUGACAUUAAAUGCAAAUGAAAAUAUGCUGGCUAGUGCAAAGUUGGAGGAGAUGCCAUUCUUACAGGUUGCGAUGUUUAACAAUAAUAAGAUCACAACAACGGAAGGCGUGAAUCAUCCAAUGCUGGAACAUUUGUCCAUGAAUAAUAAUGAAAUCACCAAGGUAACGGGCCUUGAUGCUGGCAAGUUGUCACGUCUGCAUACAUUAGAACUUAGAGGGAACAAACUCACUUCCACAGAAGGCAUUUGUCAACCAAACUUGAAGAAUCUUUUCUUGGGAGCUAACGUGAUCAAGACACUAGAGGGUAUGGACAAAUUGACCGGUGUAACGACGGUACAUCUGAGAGAAAAUCAACUUUCCCAGCUUGAUGGUUUCUCUGAAGAAAACAAAAUGUUACAGUACAUCAAUAUGAGAGGAAACAAUGUAUCAGAUGUAAAAGAGAUCAAGAAACUAGCAUCUAUACCAAUGCUCAGAGCUCUUGUUUUGUCAGAAAAUCCUGUGGCGGAGGAGGAUGACUACCGUGUAGAAGUUUUGAUUGCUUUAAGGAAACUUGAACGUCUAGAUAAGGAAGAGUACAAUGAUGAGGAGAGAAAUGACGCUGAGGAAAUGGCCGAGGCUAGAAAACUAGAGGAGGCUAAUGCUGAGGGUAGGGAAUUACACGGGCAUGGACCGACUAGGUAUCACAUUAGUUUCCGCGACGACGAGAACGAGAGUGAAAUUGGCGACGAGCAAGAUGGGGUCAGACAAUGAAGAAGAAGAUGAAGAAAUGGAAUAAAAAUCGAAUAAUCUCCCUUUGUUUCUAAAAAUAGACUUCUUUAUACUUUCUUUAAAUUAUCUCCCUUUAUUAAAAAAGAAUAUUUGUGAAUAUACAGUUCUAAAUGACAGAUUUCAGAUAUUUCUCGCUUUAAAGAUACGAGUUUUGUUGAGAAUGGAGUAUUCACUGUAAAAAGAAAAUUAUGGACAGAAAUAAGAAAUAUUUAACGAUUGAUAUUUUGAAUAUUGAAUGAAGUAAAAUAAAAUGUAUUUGAAUUUUUUAAUGAUCUGUGAUAUAUGUUUUAAAUUAUGAAAAGUAUUUAAAUACAAUAAAAUUUUACAUUGUUA